AUGGGUUCCAAACCAGUUUCCGCUCAGAAUUGGAGAAAACGUAAACCGUUAAUAAUAGAUGAAAUUUCAAUAGUUGAUUGCCAAUAUUUUGAUAAAAUUGAAGCUGUAGCACGUUAUAUUCGGCGUAAUGACAAGCCUUUUGUAGGUAUGCAAUUUAUUCUUUGUGGAGAUUUUCUUCAAUUACCUCCAGUUAUUAAACGAGACUUUGUAAAUGGAGUACCAGUUAAACAAAUAAUAAAUGAUUUCCGAUUGAAAGGGGAAUCGUGGGAAAAAUGUAUUGAUGAUUCUGUGGAUGAUGAUGGAGAUGAUGAUGAUUCCGUUGAGUUUGGAGUUAAUUAA